GUGUGUACAGAAAGUGAUAACAUAAGUAUAUCUGAUUUCCCUGCAAGCUUAACCCAUUCUGGUGUCAAAGAACAAAAAUAACUAUUUCAUAAACAAGAAUAUACCUAAAGGAGUGAUUUCUCAUACAUUUUAUAACUCUGUUGCUGGUAGAACAAGUCAUUGGAAAUGUGGAAAAACAAUUUUACAGUAUAUUUUCCCUCUAAGAGACAAAAUAUGCCUGUAUAUAUUAAAAAUACCUACUCUUUGAUUUUGAACACAUUUGUCAAGCCCUGAGCUAAGUGUCAUAUCACUGCUACAAUUUUUGCAUGCCACCAAGGGGUUAAAUCACAGUUGGAAGUGCUGUAAUAUGACCCCCUGUUUACUCAGUAUCUUAGAUUUUGGACAAAUAUAUAUUUUAUGUUCCCAACUGUAUACACAGAGAUAGAUGGUAUUUAUUUCCUUGUGAAAUUAUGCGCUGUUGGAUGAAGAGAUGCGACAUUUGAGGAGCAACGCUAUUUACUUUUCAUAUGUUGAAUGUUCUGCCAAAUUUAAAUAUUUGUUGGCACAAAGUUGAAACCAUCACCAAACUUUCUUUACAGAUCCGAGGGACUGAGAAAACUACUUCACGCGAGCUGCACAUCGCUUAUCGAUAUGGUGAACACUAUGAUAGCGUCCGCCGAAUUAACGAUAACACAGAGACACCGGCAAACUUGCAGACAGAGAUGCUCUCUAAAGAGGAGUUAAAUCGUAAGGGAAAGAGGACACUGGACGACUGGUCCGAGCUGGAGGUGGAUGCUGUUCAGAAAGUGCGGAAUGCCACAGGAUGUGUGGAUGUCAGGCUCAUUAUGCAGAGCCUAGAGGCUGAAAGCUACAAUAUUGAAUCUGCCAUUCACAGUAUUCUUCAAAUAGAGGAAUUAAAGAAUAUUGGUGAGUGUGACGCAAAACCAUGUAUACUGGGUCGCGACGUGUUUGUGUUUGUGUGUGUGAGUAUGUGUGGUGUGUUUUUUUGA